AUGAACGUGUUGUUCCAAGGAGCCGGAGAAAACCCUGAAGAAUGGAUUAGAGAUUUUAGACAAUAUUGUAAAGUAUCUGGACUCGAUCCACUUGCAAACACUCAAACCAGAGUAAGAAUUCAUGGUCUUUUUGAAACUUGUUUGAAAGAUAAUAUGAAAGAUUGGUAUAAGACUAAUCUCAAAAAUAAAAAUUGGGAAUUGCAGAAUAUUAGUGACAAUACUAACUUGGCCGAUCUUGGUGCCAUCAUUGGAUUGGCUAACAAUAAUGUAUUGCGUGCUAUUAAUGCUAAUCAAUUUAAAGGCGGAGCUCUUCAUAUAAGAAAUAUUGUAUCAGCUAACAAUAAUGCAAUUGCCACACCAUUAGUACUAGCACAUACCAUUUUCGAUGAAGACUGGCUAAUAUCUGGAGGACGACCAACAGAUUUAACACCCAAUGCCCCCAAUGCCAAUGCAGGAAGUAAUACUAUAGUUGCUGACAUUCAUAUUGGGAAACCUGUUUCUAUACAACUAGCUCCUCAACCACUAAGUAGAGAAUUAGUGCGCUCUAGUCAAAUAGAGCCAGGUAAAAUAUAUAUAGAUCCAAAUUUACAUUUGAAUAAUCAAGAAUGGCUUGGAAUGAAUAAUGCAUUAGAUCAUCUCAGUGCCACAACUAACUAUAUAUCUUAUCUAUAA